UUCAUUUCCGACAUCUCUAGCUUCACAGCAGAUGUGAUGUUAGCUUGUUUUCUUGGGCGCUCCUAUCUGUUUUUCCAUCUCUGUUAACUGUCUGAAGCUUCCCUCACCAAACCAUGGCCGAGGAGGCCGAGGGUUCCCCUCUGUCGUCCCAACAUGACGUUCCAGAGGUGCUUCAGCAGCGAGUUGCUGCUCUGGAGCAGGAGAGAGCCGAGUUCAUUCGACUCAAACAGCAGCUUGAGGCCGAAUUCAACCAGAAGCGAGCCAAAUUCAAAGACCUGUACAUGUCUAAGGAAGAGGAACUGAAGAGACAAACGACGGCCCUGGAGAACUCCCAAAGCGAGCUCAGCACUGUACAUGCCCAGCUGGCUCAGGCCCAGGCUGAGAUCGAGACCAUCAAAGCCGUGGCCACCGUGUCAGAAAACACCAAACAGGAAGCUAUCGACCAGGUCCGCAGCCAAUGGCAGGAGGAAGUGGCCUCUCUGCAGGCCAUCAUGAAAGAUACAGUUUGUGAAUAUGAGGUCCAGUUCCACCAGCGUCUGGAGCAGGAGCGAGCCCAGUGGAACCAGUACAGAGAGGCGAUGGAGAGGGAACUGGGGGAUUUGAGACGUCGCCUCACAGAGGGUCAAGAAGAGGAGAAUCUGGAGGAUGAAAUGAAGAAGGCUCAGGAGGAUGCAGAGAAGCUGCGCUCAGUGGUGAUGCCCAUGGAGCAGGAGAUCGCCGCUCUAAAGGCCAAGCUGGGUACUGCUGAGGACAGGAUAAAGGAGCUGGAGGCCUCUAAGGUGAAGGAGCUCAAUCAUGUUCUGGAGGCUGAGAAGUCGUGUCGUACGGACUUGGAGAUGUACGUGGCCGUGCUGAACACGCAGAAGUCUGUGCUGCAGGAAGAUGCAGAGAAACUACGCAAAGAGCUUCAUGACGUGUGCCACAAGCUGGAGCUGGAGCGGCAGCAGCACAACCAGCUGAAGCAGACGUGGCAGCGGGCCAACGACCAGUUCCUGGAGUCUCAGCGCCUCCUGAUGAGGGACAUGCAGAGGAUAGAGAGCGUGCUGUCUUCUGAGCAGCUCAGGCAGGUGGAGGAGAAAAAGAAGAAGGAUCAGGAGGAGGAUGAGAAGGAGCGGCUAAGCCUGGCGAAGGACCUGCAGGAGGAUGAUGGAGCCGAUAACACUGAGCCUCUGGAGGACUUCCUCGGCCUGAGCAUUGAGGAGCCUAAUACCAACCACAGCGCUCAUGGUUCCAUUCACUCCUUAGACAGCGAAGUGGUGGCGGGGGGGCCUUCAGAGACCUAUAAGGACAAUCUGCGGAGAGUCCAGUCGACAGAUAGCCUCGGUUCCUCGCUGUCUUCGCAGCAGGGACUCGGCGGUCACAACCACAAGGCCAAGUCGGCCAGCAACCUGGACGAAUCUGACUUUGGGCCUCUGGUGGGGGCGGACUGCAGUGUGACGGACAGUAGUUUUGGCGAGACCUCGUCCAUCGGCUCCAUCAAGCUGACGGCGGGUCACUUCUUGCUUACUAAAGACCAGGAGAAGGCUAUCAAAGCCAUGACGCCUGAGCAGGAGGAGACGGCGUCGCUGCUAUCCAGCAUCUCUCAUGCCCCUGAUUCAGCUUAUUUACCGCCUGCAGGCUACCGGCUCGUCAGUGACACCGAAUGGAACCUGCUGCAGCAAGAGGUAAAAAACGCUGGCAGGAAGCUCGGCCGACGCUGCGACAUGUGCUCUAACUACGAGAAACAACUACAAGCCAUUCAAGGACAGGAGGCCGAAACACGAGACCAGGUGAAGAAGCUGCAGGUCAUGCUCCGUCAGGCUAAUGAUCAGCUGGAGAGGACGAUGACGGAGAAACAAAGCCUAGAAGAAUCAGUAAAAGUAGGAAACGAGGAAACUGCUGCUAAGGUGUCUGCCCUCAUGCAGAGUGUCCAGGAGUCAGAAACACUGUUCAACACACUACAGCAGGCCUUCAGCGAGGCUAAGAGGAGCACGCAGGAGCAGAUGGCGGUGCUCUUGAAGUCGAGAGAGAAGGUGGCGGAGGAGCUAAGCCGACUACAGAGAGACAACGAGAGCCUGCAGGGUAAACACAGGCUGCAUCUAGAACUACAGCAGCAAGAAGACUUCCACAUGCCUAACACUGUGCAGGAUCUACAAGGUCUGGUGUCGCAGCAGCGGGACGACAUUGUGGCGUUGCGGACGGCGGCCGAUCACAUGGAGGAGAAGCUAAAAGCAGAAAUCCUGUUCCUGAAGGAGCAGAUCCAGGCGGAGCAGUGUCUGAAGGAGAACCUUGAGGACACGCUGCAGCUGGAGAUCGAGGGCUGCAAGGAGGAAAUAGACAUCUUGGAAGCAUCUUUCUCCAGCCUGAAGACGGAGCUGGAGCGAAUAAAAGCAGAGAAGCAGCAGCUGCAGAACAGUUUAGCUGAAAAGACCGAAAUACUGGACGGCAUCCAGAGCGCCAAGACGAGCCUGGAGCAGCAGCUCAAAGAAGUCACCAGUGCAAAGUGUACAUUAGAGAGUCAGGUCCUCGAUGAAAGAGACAAAGCCCAGCGGCUGCAGACGGAGCUGGAUGUCAGCGAACAGGUUCAGAAGGACUUUGUCAAACUUUCUCAGACGCUUCAGGUCCAGUUGGAGCGAAUACGACAGGCGGAGUCUUUGGAUCGGAUCAAAGUUAUCCUGAACGACACCAACCUGACCGACAUCAAUGAACUUCCAGAUACAUGAUAGCUCCAGAACGAAGACUGGCUUUAGUUUCAUUCUGUCCCUCCACCACCACCGGCCCGCUAACAUUAUUAUCUGACCCCCCCCCCCCCCCCCCCUAACCACACUGGAAGGACAAGAAUCGGCGGAUAUCCUGUGGACAUUUCAAAGCCUUUUUGGGUAGAAUAAUGAAGAAGAACACUACUACAACAUGUAAAUAACUAAAUGUGUGACUGUGAGUCGAGGCGGUGGAAGCCCCUCUCCUUGUGGGGGGGGGUCUGCCUGUGUCAUGUUUCUACUGUAGAUACGACUGUGUGUAUUAGCUCAACCAAAAACAAGGGUUUGUCAUCCUCCAAUGCACUUUCCAUAUUUCUGUCUCCCUCUCCGCUCAAAGCGUUUGAUAAUCGCUUCUUUAAUCCGCUCACUCGUCAUUCUCUCGUCUUUUUCUGUCCCGCCGCACCUUGACAAAUUAUGAAGGAUGAGAAAUACUUGCACAUACUCUAACUGGGACAAGACCAUCAGAACGCAAGCAAUAGCUUCCACUUUAACGGCGGUUUUGCCGCAUUUAUCGUCUAAAUUAAAUGUUUUUCCUUUAAUAGUUGCCCUAUUCAGAUCUGUCAGGGGUUUUUUUUUCUUCCAGAAACACUAUUUAACUCCAGGAAUAAAGAAGAAGACAACAACGGGUCAAGAUUAACGAAGAAAUGGGAAGGAAUGGAUUAGAAUUUGCUUCUGUUGUGAUUUCCUUUUUUUUCAGAUAAGUAUUGAACUGAUGAUCUUAAUGUCUUUUUGAAGAUCUUAAAUGUUAGUGGGGAGCUUUUAGGCACCCAAAGGAAGUGGAUUGUUAAUGAGCUGUGCCCCCCCACCCCCCUCCCAGCUGCUUGUCUUUAGUAAACUAUCAUGAAAUGGUCCGUCUGUCACUACAAGAACUUCUGUUGUCUGUAAACUGAUUUGAAUUAAAUGACCUCAAAAGUU